UUAAAAGUUUUUUUUUUAAUAUUUAAGGGAGAAAUGUUAUCAGUUACUUCUUGUAUAAGAUAUUAUUAUCGACAUUGAUAUAACGUACGAGAAUGUCUAUAUAUGUACAUAUAUAUAUGGGUAGAAAGACAGUUUACGAGUACAGUUGAUUAGUAGCUUCGGUAUACAACGGAACGGAGGUAUGACAGAAGUGAAAGGGAAGUCGCGUAUUGCCAUUGUUGGGGGUGGUUUGGUUGGAGGAUUAACCGCGUGUUUUUUCGCUAAAAGAGGUCAUCGAGUAGUCAUCUAUGAAUAUCGAUCAGACAUACGAAGAGAAAAGUCUCAUGGUCAAAGUGUUAAUCUGGCGUUAUCGUUUCGUGGCAGAGAAGCUUUAAAAGCAAUUGAUCUCGAAGAUAUUUUGAUAAAACAUCAUGGUACUUAUAUGCGUGGUAGAUUGCUGCAUAACAAAGAUGGCAAUUUAAAAGAAGUUAUUUACGACAAUGUUAAAGGAAACUGCAUUUAUUCCGUUAAUAGACGUUAUCUCAACAUGGUUUUAUUGGAUGCCGCGGAAAAAUAUCCAGAAGUGCAAUUCAAUUUCAAUAGAAAACUCUUGGACGCCGAUUUGGAAAGAGGAAAAAUGAAAUUCUUAAAUACGAUUACGGGUACGAUUGAAGAUGCGGAAGCUGAUCUGAUAAUUGGUGCCGACGGCGCUCAUUCGAAAGUACGAAAGAUUAUGGUCAACAGGCCACUUUUCAAUUGUUCUCAAACAUACAUCGAGCACGGCUACGUUGAACUUUCUUUGCCACGUAGAGAAGAUGGUGAAUUUGCGAUGAGCAAAAACAAUCUUCAUAUCUGGCCGCGUGGACGAUUUAUGAUGACCAGUCUACCGAAUGAAGAUCGCACGUUCACCGGUAAUCUAUUCGCUCCGUUUCAUGUGUACGAAAAGCUAAAGACGCACGAGGCGUUGUUGAGCUUUUACGCCGAGCAUUUUCCAGAUCUUCUGCAAUUGAUUGGUGAAGAGAAACUGGUGAACCAGUUUUUCGAGAAUGAACCACAACCAUUAAUAUCAGUUAAGUGUAAACCUUAUCACAUUGGAAAAACUGCUGUUAUAGUUGGAGACGCUGCCCACGCCAUGGUUCCUUUCUAUGGUCAAGGAAUGAACUGUGGGUUCGAAGAUAUUUUAGUGCUGGAUGAAUUAAUGGAACGCUAUAAUUCAGAUUUUGCCAAAGUUUUGCCAAAAUUUUCGGAAUUGCGGUGUGAUAAUGGUCACGCAAUAUGCGAUCUCGCAAUGUAUAAUUAUUUUGAGAUGAGAGACUUAGUCACGAGAAAAUCUUUUCUUCUUCGAAAAUUCAUUGAUAAUAUUUUAUUUACACUUUUUCCCAGUUCUUGGAUACCGCUUUAUUUUUCUGUGCAAUUUACUCGAAUAAGUUAUCGUGAAUGCAUAAUGCACAAAGAGUGGCAGGACAAGAUAUUAAAAACGUGUCUUUUGUGUAUCACAUUUCUGGUUUUCGCUAUCUUAGCGGUUUCUUUUUUGCAAAACACUAUUUGAAUUCGAUCGCUUGUCACAUAUUAUUAAUAAAUUGUUAUCUGAUAACAAGAGCAACAUAAUUAAUAAUCAAUUUUUAUAUGUAUAAGACUUUUUAAUAUAUUUAAUUAUAUAAACCUUUAUAGUUUUGUACACGACAAUGACACAUAUAAAAAUUAUUUAAUUUAUAUAUUCCAAAUGUAAUAAUUAAAUUGCGUGUAUUUAUUUGGCCAUCAAGUUAAACACAAAAUAAUAUUUACAAUUAUCGUACUUAUCAUUUACAUAAUAAACUUAUUACAUACUUGAGCACAGGUUGUAAAAUGCACUACUUUUUACAUAUUAUAAAAAUAUUUAAAAAUACAACUUUAACAUAAAAAAUAAUUAAUUUUAAUAAUAAUCUUAUAUAUUCUUCUUCGUAAAUAUUCUUCUAAUAUAUAUAAUA